GAGCGCGAAAACGUUACUUAUACUCACGCUGCUGCGGCUAGCACAAAGGCUUCAUCUUUACUACAGUAACACAGAGAUCUUAAGGAUGUCCAUCGGCGUUCCCAUCAAGGUUCUGCAUGAAGCAGAGGGCCACAUCGUGACCUGUGAGACCAACACUGGUGAGGUGUACCGGGGGAAGCUGAUCGAAGCUGAAGAUAACAUGAACUGUCAGAUGUCGAACAUCACAGUAACGUAUCGGGACGGCAGGGUGGCACAGCUGGAGCAGGUCUACAUCCGGGGCAGUAAAAUCCGCUUCCUGAUCCUGCCGGACAUGCUGAAGAACGCGCCCAUGUUAAAGAGCGUGAAGAAUAAAAACCAGGGUGCCGGAGCUGGCAGGGGCAAAGCUGCCAUCCUCAAAGCUCAAGUGGCGGCGAGAGGUCGAGGACGAGGCGGCCCCGGAGGAAGAGGAAACAUCUUCCAGAAAAGACGAUAGUUCGAUUCCCAGCUCGUUUCUGUACAGUCGCUUGUUUUCCUGAUUCCAUUUGAUACGAUUUUUUUCUCUUUUUUGUUUUGAACCGGGUGUGAUUGUGAUUACACAGUGACGGAGAGUUUUUCAUGUUUUUCUUUUGUUUUGAGGAGACGUUUCAGUGCGAGUGUGUGAACAUUCAUUUGGACUUUGAUUAUUUGAUUUGGGUUCAUUAAACGUGUCUGAAGCUCUUUAAUAAAGAUUUUUUAAAACACGA